AUGGACGCCCCUUUCGUUGAGCUCGCAGAUGAGCGAAUCCAGUUCUUUACAAUCAUCGGCCCCGCAGCUCGAGCUAAGCAAGCAGUUCCUCUUUACCAGCACGGUGAGUCGAUGGCAUUGAAAAGCUUCAAGGAAGGUGGCUGCACCGUCGUGUCCGAGCUUCUCGGGUAUAGCGAAACUGUUUAA